AUGGCCACGAACGCCGUCGGCUCCGUGACGCCGCCGCCGCCCUCGUCACGCAUUCAGACACCUCCCGCCCCUCGACACGGUUUCCAAGACAGCUGGGAGCCCUAUUCACCGCGCAAGUCUGCACGGAUUUCUUCCCAGCGCACCGCAAACCGAACACCUUCCCCGCACACUUCUCGCUCCCGCCAGCAACCCGCGUCGCCGCGCACGACCAAGAAGGCUAUCAACACUCGCAGCAGCGACGCCGCCAUGGUCUCGCCCGUGCCGUCGCCGCGCAAGAAGCCCCAUCCCGCCGCCGAAUCGUCGCGUCGAGUGUCGGGGACUCUGACAGCUGAGAGCACCGCCAACGCAGCCGCCGCGCUCGGCCUGAGCCACGCAAAGGAAGCAUCACGGGCGCCGACCACGUCCAUCUCUCGCGCCACGGGCAUGCUGCCCACUCCCUCCAAAACCCCGCAGAAGCCGCCCAACGAGAAGACGGCCGCAUCCAUCAAGUCUUUUGCCCGCAACCUCUUCGCUGCGGACGAGGAGCCCAUGCCCAGCCCCCGCAAACGCCGAGCCAAGCGGUACACGGGCGUUACAAUGGAGAGCUUCACGGCCGAAGACGCCGAGGAUCCCAUCCAGAUCUUUACCGACUCCCAAGACCGCAUCCCGCAAAAGGAUGACAGCGCAGCGAAUCCCUUUUACGGCGCCGAGACGGCCCCUGCUGAGCCACCCAAGCGCAAGAGCAAGCGCCGCAUGGUCCAGAUCCCAGGUGAGGGCGCUCAGUCUGUCGACGAGGCAUCCCAACGCGAGGACGGAAUGAUCUAUGUAUUCCGUGGCAGGAAGUUUUUCCGCAAGUUUGCCGAGAACGAGUCUGCAGAGGCAGAGGAGGAGGAGGGCGAGGCAUCCGGGGCCGACGUCGAGCUCGAGCUCACGCGCCCUCUCACUCGCUCUUCCGUCAAGCCUCGCCUGUUGUUCCCAUCCAAGAAGACGGACGAGAACGAUGUGGAGGACGAAGAGGCCGUGACAGAUGUCGAGGACAUGUUCAUGUCGGACGAACCGGCGGUGCCCCAGACGCCGCAGAAGUCGAGUGCGGUCCCUGCCAAGACCCCGGAGGCGCCCAAGUAUGCGCCCGUGUCGCCGCCCGACACCCGACGGACGACACGCUCGACCAACAAGCUUGCUCCCGAGACCCCGAUGAAGAAGAAGUCUGGGCGGAGGAGCCCGUUCGACGCCUGGCCGCGCACCAAGGAGGCGGCAUCGUCGUCGUCGGCCCCGAAGCGACAGGGCGAAAGCCUGGCGGGAGGAGCCACGAAGCGGACGCGCGCUUAG